AUGGAUCCCGCAGGGAAGAAACUGUGGCCGGAGGUUUAUCCUGAUAUCUGUGGAAACCCCGAGAGCAGAGCGGAACCAGGUAAUGGCCGUAGCAGCAGGCUCAGGAAACGUGCUGCAUGUACAGUCGCAGUGAGCGUUGUACUUGUCAUUCUGAUUGUUGCUGUUUUUGCUCUGACAGUGCAGGUACUUAAAACACAGCCCCAAUUCAUGGCCUGGUGCCCAGACGGCUGGGUCGGAUACCGAGGGAAAUGCUACUAUUUCUCCGAGGCUGAAGAGAACUGGAACAACAGCCAGAGACACUGCUCUGUACUCGGUGCUUCCCUGGCUGUGAUUGACAGCGAGCAGGACCUGGAUUUCAUGCUGCGAUACAAAGGCGUCUCCGAGCACUGGAUCGGCCUCUGGAGAGAGCAGGAGAGAGAGACCUGGAAAUGGGUGAAUGGCUCUGAUUUCAACAGCUCGUUUCCAAUAAGAGGAGGAGGGGACUGCGCAUACCUGAACGACAGGAGCGUCAGCGCUUCAAGGUGCAUCACCCAGAGAAACUGGGUCUGCCACAAAGCCGAUGCGUAUACAGACCAGAAAAGUGCAACGCAGGGGAGUCGGGAGCUGAAAAGCUUUUGA